UCAAGAAAAAUAUAUGCCCUUAACGGUAGAAUUCGUAAUAAUGACAAAUACCGGCGACAGGGCAUUAAAUUUGCUUCGUUGGUUACCGCGCGUAUGCUUGAAAAAUAUUAGAGACAAUCCAGGAUCUAAACUGAAAAAUAAAAGAGGUCGCGGUCAACACGGAGGUGAUAAGCAUGGAGCUGGAAAUAAAGGAUCAGGACAAAGACAAAACUAUAUGCGAUUAGGUUAUGAGACUGGGAAUAAUCCGUUCUAUUUGCGGUUUUCCUACGAGCCUUACUACAAAGGACAGCAUUUGAGACGGCAAUAUCCCCCGCUUACAAUGUUUGAUCUGCAGAAGAUGAUUGACUUGAACAGGAUAGAUACUUCUAAACCCAUUGAUCUAGUAGCACUGUUGAGAACUGGUCUUUAUAGUAUUAAACCUGAUGAACAUCAGUUUGGUGUCAACUUAACUGAUGAAGGUGCCGAUUUAUUCCAGGCUAAAGUAAAUAUUGAAGUCCAAUGGGCCAGCGAAACUGUAAUUGCAGCAAUUGAAAGAGCUGGCGGCGUUAUAACCACAGCCUAUUAUGAUCCACAUAGUCUGUUCGCAAUGAUUAACACAAAAAAAUUCUUUGAGAGAGGUAUUCCAAUACCUCGGCGCAUGAUCCCACCCUCAGAUGCUGUAGCAUAUUAUGCAGAUCCAGCUAAGAGAGGUUACUUAGCAGAUCCUGACAAGAUAUCUGAGGAAAGAUUGAUUUUAGGACAGAAGUAUGGUUAUAAUGUUCCGGAAAUUGAGAAGGACCCAGAUUAUAGUAUGCUUACCAAGAGGAAAGAUCCAAGGCAAAUAUUUUAUGGUCUGCAUCCUGGCUGGGUUGUCAACUUGAAAGAUCAAGUUAUAUUGAAACCAAAGGAUGAAAAAUUGCUACAAUUCUACUUUAGUUAA